AGGAGCAAUCUUUUGAAAAAACAAACACGCUGUGGAAAAAUCCUCGUAACACGCAGGACUGGGCAAAAUCUGCCACUGGACUUGGUAUUUCGCUUAAAGUCUUGCAAAAAUUAUCAUGGAUAGCCCGUACGAUGAACAUCCGCCUCACUCGUUGCCUCCUCCAGCCCAUCUUUCUCAUCUCUCCCGUAAUCUUUCCGGGCUCAGUAUGAAUCCUGGCUCUUCUGCGACCAGUGCUACACAUCCACACCAUCCUGACAGGCCGUUUGGACUACGAAUCUCUACAUCCAUAUCGAAUCCAGGAUCACACAAUCCCAGUCCAAAUGCUCCGCCUUCGAGGAAGCGAAGUUUUACUUCUAAUCCUCCAUCGUUGCCUUCACUGUCAACGACAGUCAUGGUAGGAGCUGGUCUGGUUUCCGGCUCAGCUACACCUCUGUUAGAGGAAGACAUAUCAGUACGAGGGAUGGAUCUGGAUCUGGAUUAUGACAAGUACGACAAAUACCACGAACCAAAAUAUGAAAAGUACGACCCAGAUCUACCUCCGAACAGUGGCUUGACCAGCGCACCACCCAGUGCGUUACCGAUCAGCGCAAGUGGAAGUAGAGGAAGUAUCACACCUAGUGGAGGUACUAGCCCUAUAGAAGGAGGUAGUGGUAGCGGUGAGGAAGGAACUGUGAGCUCGACAAUGGGUCACAGCAGAAUGGGUUCCGUCCAUGGUAGUGGAAUGCUUACAGGAAUGGGUUCGAUGGGUAAGCCCAUGCCAACGAAUAACUUUGUCACGAAGCUGUAUCAGAUGAUAAAUGAUCCAAAAUCUGCCCAUUUCAUUGCUUGGACCGAGCACGGUACUUCUUUCGUUGUUUCAAAUGUUGGCGAGUUUAGUAGAAGCAUUCUGGGGAGCCAUUUUAAGCAUAACAACUUUUCUUCGUUUGUUCGCCAACUCAACAUGUACGGUUUCCACAAGAUAAACCGUACUCCGCGUGCACAAAGGACAAGCUCGGAUGCGCAGGCGAUGCGCCACAUUCAUCGAUGACUCUUUGCAUCCGAUGGUUUCGGGUGUUUGUUAUAGACAUGGGAGUUUUCGCACCACAAAUUUCUUCGGGGUCGUCCUGAUUUACUCGAUGAAAUCAAACG